AGGAAGCUGGAGCCGGCCGCGGGGCCCCGGAUUCGGAGUCGCGCCCGCUGCGGAUUGCCGGGCUGCAGGAGCCAGCCAUGGGAGCUCCGGAGCCGGAGCUCGGGGCGGCGCCCGCAGGCAGGGGCAGCGUGCGGAGCCUCCCGGGCCGCCCCUCCUCCUAGGAGCGGUACAUGCCAGGGCAGCCGCCGUCGCUUCCCCGGAGCCGCGGGGAGCCGGGCACGGAGCCUGCCUUAGCCUCAGUGCGCUGCGCGCCGCCCGGCCCCAGCCCCAUGCGCCGCCGGCAGCGCCGCGCCGCGCUCCCCGGCCCCAUGGAGCCAUGGCGUGCAGGGCGCUGAGCGGCCGGGCCGGGCCACCCUCCCCCAGGCUGACGCGCCGCUUCCUCUUCAUCUUCACGCUGUCCCUGUCCGGCACCUACCUGUGCUACAGCCUCCUGCGGUGCGCCGGGGGGCCCCUGCCCGGCCCCGAGCGCCGCUGCCUCCCCGCCCGCAGCGCCGGCGCCAAGAAACUUCUGCAGAAGUCCCGCUCCUGCAGCCGGGAGCCCGGCGAGCCGGGGGGCGCGGCCGCCAGCCCCUGGGGGCGCAACCCGAGCGGCGAACCGGCGUGGAGCGGCCCCCGGGGCGCGGGCCAGGAGGCGCCGCUGGCUGGGAACAGCUCCGGCCCCGCCAAGCUGGGCAGCAAGCGGCUCCCGCAGGCCCUCAUCGUGGGGGUGAAGAAGGGCGGCACCCGCGCCGUGCUGGAGUUUAUCCGGGUGCACCCCGAGGUGCGCGCCGUGGGCACCGAGCCCCACUUCUUCGACCGGCACUACGAGCGCGGGCUGGAGUGGUACAGAAGCUUGAUGCCCAGGACGCUCAGCAGCCAGAUCACAAUGGAAAAGACACCCAGCUACUUUGUCACCAAAGAGGCCCCACGGCGGAUCUUCAACAUGUCCAGAGACACCAAGCUGAUCGUGGUGGUGCGGAACCCCGUCACCAGGGCCAUCUCGGACUACACGCAGACGCUCUCCAAGAAACCCGACAUCCCCACCUUCGAAGGGCUGUCCUUCCAGAACCGCAGCCUGGGGCUGGUGGACACCUCGUGGAACGCCAUCCGCAUCGGGAUGUACGUGGUGCACCUGGACAGCUGGCUCCAGUACUUCCCCCUCUCCCAGAUCCACUUUGUCAGUGGGGAAAAGCUGAUCACAGACCCAGCCGGGGAGAUGGGCAAAGUGCAGGAUUUCCUGGGCAUCAAGCGGGUGAUCACGGACAAGCACUUCUACUUCAACAAGACAAAAGGUUUUCCUUGCCUGAAGAAAACAGAGAGCAGCAGUUUACCGCGCUGUCUGGGCAAGUCCAAAGGGAGAACUCAUGUGCAGAUAGACCCUGAGGUGAUAGAGCAGCUCCGGGACUUUUAUAGACCAUAUAAUAUUAAAUUCUAUGAAACUGUUGGGCAGGACUUCAGGUGGGAAUAAAUGUCGAGGCCCAGAGCGGUGGUGAGGCGAGCAUGACGCAGUCUUCCAUGAGGGUGGCAAACUGGGGGCCAACGGGUGAGCCACCCCCUCCGUCGGCCAUCUUGUCCCUCCUCGCGGGUGCUGGCAAGAGCGGCUUUCCGGACCCUGUGGGAGGCCAGGUCUUUUCAGGCCAAAGGCCAAGGAGGAUGUGGAGUUAUGUCCCCAGCCCAACACGUGCCAGGCAGAGACCGCUGGACACAGCCAAGUCCUCACCAGAUUCUGUCAGCAGCUGGGGGGCUUGUUUUGCAUUUGGUUUUUAUACUGUGAUUGGGCACACCCUGAGCAGCCAGAAAAGGGCCCCAGGGGCUGUGUGGAGGCCACAGGCCAUCUGAUUUUUAAUAAUGGCUGGUCGAUACACACUGCUGCCCAUGUGCAAACUGGCUCAAGCAUCUUCCUGGCAUGUACUUUGUGCAUGUUCCGAAAAUAACCACCAAUUGGAGCAUUCCCUGGCUAAAGCUUCCCAGGCUCUGGGUGGGUCAGCCUCUCGCUGCCUAGUCCAGUUCACCAGGACCAGGAUGAACGUCCCACACCCGAAGGGGCUGGGGCCUGCAUGAGGCUCUAUGACCCAUGGGAAGCCAUGGGUCUCAGGCUGGGGUGGGCCUCUCCAUUUUGCCUUUUGUCACCUGAGUGAAGUAUGUACCCAUGAAGAUGGUGAUGUGUAUGCUUGAAAAAAAAUGUUUCCAACCACAUUGUGAUGAUACUUUGUCCUGUGAAUAAAGCACAGAUUUCUGCUGGUACGGGUACUCUAGGGCCACUAGUUUUCUUGUUCAGCAUGUGACUCCCUGUGAAAUAAAGAUGAAGAGAACUGGUCCUUAUUAAAGUACUUU